CUAGCUCUCAACCGGUUCCCCUCCACCGCAAAAUGUUUUUGCGGAUGGCUAAACUCGCCUCUUCCCCAAACUGACCCUCAUACUGUGCUCGCCUUUCUUUUUUCUCCAUUGUCAUCUCAUCGCUCUCAUUCAUGGAGAUCAGAUCCAUAUCCAGCGUCCUCUAAAAUCUAAACUAAGUAAGAAUUUUGGAGGCAUUCAAUUGAGUUGGUUCUCUCUAUCGAGAUUUAAACCCUAAGUUUUCAAUUCUCAAUCGAAUCUCCACUGUGGUUUCUUAUAUUGGUCGAUUCAUCAUCACAAUCUUUUCUUCCGUGAAUUUAUAUCGUGUGUAAUUUUGAUCUUGUGGGUUGGUUCUCUAAAUCAGUGUUUCUCAAUUCUCAAUCGAGUCUCUGUUGUUGUUCCCACUCCCACCCAUUAUCACCCACCAUAUGAGCGCUUUGUUUUUGUUCUACUUGACUCAAACCUCUCAGUAUUCAAUUAAUCUUUUAUUUGCUCUCUUGUACUCUUAAUCAGAGUGCAUUCCAUUGUUGGCUUGGAACAGUAUAAAAGCACCUUCAUAUCAAAUUGGAUCACGAUGACCGACAAGCUUACUUCCAUUGCGAGGAAAUCGAAGAUGGUUGUACAAAAAACAUGGGAGGAAAUGGGCAAUCGAAGCUAGCAGCAUAGCAGCUGAGAGCACUGCUACUACUGGGAAGAAGAUGAAGUCCAAUACUUCAACUUUUGGAAGUGCAUGACAUCAACAUCAAAUGAAUAAUUAGUACAUCACGAUUAUCCAUGAAUUCACUGUAUACAUCUAUCACAACAAACCACUCUUAUUUAAAUGUUCUAACCUUUUGUUGACAAAAC